UGACAAUCGCGAUGUAAUGUAUUCUACAUCAUCGCAUGCUGAGUUAAAUUUUCAACAAAACCUUUUAGUUUUAAUUAAUUUUCACGAUUUGUUUCUAAAUGUUUUCUUACGUCGUGACCUAUUUUCGAAAUAUUAAUUUCUAAAUAUGUGUAAUUUGCCGCCGAAGUACCAUUCAGUGUGUCGCCUUUGUUUAUCAUUUUGUGGCGAUAAUUGCAGUGAUGUUAAGCUUCCAAUUUUUGAUCGUGAUAAGGAUAAAUCACGACUAUGGGAAAUGAUAACGACAGAUUUGUCAAUGAUGGUUUCUCCAGAAGACAUGCUGCCACAAGUGGUGUGUGGAAGCUGUGCACAGAAACUUGAUGAAUUUCAUACAUUUAGAGAACUCUCACAUAAAUCUGAAAGGUUACUGGAGCAGUUCUUACAAUACGCCUUUUCAUUAUCUGGUCCAAAAGAGGAAAUACUCAGCAUAACUGCAGCCAAAUUAGAAGAAAUAAUCAAACCACUGAACGAUAAUGAUUACGAACACGCGACGAAACACAAAUAUGCCGAAAUCGGCUCGCCGGACUCUACCGAGGAGAUGAAGAAUCUAGAGAGCCGGCAGGCGGCCGUUACACUCUUGCAAAUAAAGAAUUAUGAUCCAUCUAAAUACGUCGUCAAAACGGAGGAGGAGCCUCGUAUAACUUUUAACAGUGUGCCAAGUUUACCGCCAUCGGAGCGAGCAAGCGAGGUGAUGCACUGCAACGCUGUCAUCGAUAUUAUAAAUAAGGCUGUCGAGGUAGCGCAGCGGGAAAACGAAGAAUCUCAAAAAUUUCAAACGGAUUAUACGGGCGUAAUCGACAGAACGCAUGCGACGAACGUCACUGACGUCACGUACACCAGGGAAUACACGGACGAUCACUACAACGCGUACGUCCCUAAUCAAAACGCAACGAGUCCUUGCAGCCUCGACGAUCGGGAGAACAGAGAGAUAGACUUAUCACAUUACAGCUCCGGUAAGAACGAGAUCGCAGAGAAAACAGAACAAACCGAUCGCGACCAGUCACGUUCGUAUUUUCCAAAAACAAUGACCCACAAUAAGGUGACGAGUUUCGUGGAUGAAUACAAACAACACAUUUACGAUCAAUCUGUCAACAAAAUGAAGUUAACCAAGGACACGGCUUCCGUUUACGAGGAAUGCAGUCAGAGCAGCAGCGGCUCAGACCCUGACAGAUUACAGAUGGACAUAUCUCAAAUGUCGCAGGACGACCCUGAAGAGACACAGUCGGCGCGCUCGGCGCAGUCCUCCCCCCAACCCCCGCACGAAGGCGAACAAGACAAAGAAUCACUCUGGCAAGCGUUACACAGACAAAACGGUCGCAGCGGAGAAGCAACGCAGCUGUUGAGACGAUUGAUCAACAGCAAACAUCUCGGUAUGACGGUGUCCCCGCUGCGGGCGUCCACGUCGCCCACGCCCUCUGCCGUGCAGCCGCCGGUCAACGGAUCCGUUUCACCGAACGGGGAAUGGCCAGCGUCAGGCCGUGGCUCUAACGUGGCGGGAACGGCGCGAAGGAAACAAAGUUUUCCCGCGCGUGCGCAACCAGUGACGCAAGACCCCUCAACCAACAACUCUACUUGGCAACAGGCUGCUUCAGAUAAUCAAGAGGGGACGGACGUGGGGAGCGGGGUUGGGGGCGGGAACCGCGGCUCCGCUCGCGUGGAGUUGUCGUGCAGCAACUGCGGCACGCACACGACCACGAUCUGGCGGCGGGACACGCGCGGCGAGAUGGUGUGCAACGCGUGCGGGCUGUACUACAAGCUGCACGGCGUGCCGCGGCCCACCGCCAUGCGGCGCGACACCAUACACACGCGCCGCCGCCGUCCGCGACACGACUCCAAGCAUAGCAGGAACAAGUCUCGCCGCAGCGGUAGUGCGAUGACGAACCCCGAGGUAUCGGAGGGGGGUGCGGCGGGCGCGGAGGGCACGGAGGAGGCGGUGCUGGCCGCGCUGCGCCGACAGCUGCAGCCGCACCUGCUGGCCGCGCUGCACGCGCACACCACGCGCCCCCACCGACAUCAGGAUUGAGUGCAGUUGGCACGAAUGCUCAGGAAUACGACGAGGCGCCGUUGAACUUAGUCGCGAGUCACGUGCCCGCCGCUGAGGAGACGCACUGACCGCCCCCACUGUGAUACAAGGAAACGUACACAAAAAAAUAAUACUAAGCUACAAAUAUCCUAAAAUUGAACCCUAAAGCUAUUGCAUUUCGAUCGAAAAUGCCUUGAGUAGACAUUAAAGUGAACGUUCUCGUGGGAAUGUUUUUUAAAAAUCAAUACGAAACCGUUAUUAUUGAUGUUGUCGUUUAAGACCUUUUAUUAGAACGGUUUUUUAUAAAACAGUCUCGCGACGAAACGUUCGUAGCCGCAUUUCCAUAGAAUCAAUUAGUGAUAGACAGGCCAGUGUUUAAAAUAGACAUAAUCGACGAAGCUUCGAUGCCUUCAGUGGGAGCUGGUAGUUCUUGCCAUGCACACGGAUACGUCGGCCCGUCCCUUCUGGGCCGCCCUGUGAUAUGCGACCGACGGCAGCUGCAGUGUUCACUCGCGUGAUGUUCGUAUUAGACAAGUACCUAAGCUUGUCCUAUAUUUUUCGUACCUAUAUCUUAUUAGUCUUUAGCUAGUUAUUAGCUUAGGAUUAUAAAAAUUCGAAAAGCAAUA